GCUCGGCCGCGUUCGGUGCUCCGCGCUCCGCGCUCGGGUCGCCGGCUCGAUGGGGAAAGCGGCCGCUCUGUGCCGAGGCGGCGGCUGCUGCGGCCGCUUCCGCGGGCUGUCGUCGCUGUCCACUGUUGUCCCCUGUCUGUCCUGCCACGCGGCCGCACCGAGCAUGAGCGCUCCCACGCCCGACUCCGGACGGGAGCUGAAGCCCCAGCUGAAGCCCCAGCCCCAGCCCCAGCCCCAGCCCCAGCCCCAGCCCCAGCCCCAGCCAGUGCCCGCGCCCGAGUGGAAGACGGGGCCGGAACAGGUGCCGCGGCCAGGUUGGGAGCCAGUGCCGAGAUCGCAGCCAUCGCAGCGAUCGCAGCCGGAGCCCCAGAAGACGCCUCCGCCGAGACCGGGGUACAGACCAGAAUCGGACCUGCAGCCGGGACGGGAGACAGGGCCCCGGCAAGAGUUGGGUCCACGUGUAGGGGAAGGACAGCCCCCCAAGGCCUCAUCUGGAAGGCCGCCGGCGCCCGUGGGGAGCGUGCCCUCUACCAGACCCGAGUCAGGGUCGCAGCCCGCGUCAAAGCCCCCAGCUCUCCCGCGACCAGGACAGGUGAAGGUGUCUUAUGGGGUCCCAAUUGCAGGGGCUGGCACCGCCUCCGCCGCCCCGAAGGCGUUGGUGCCGCUGGACAGCUUCAAGGGCUGGCUCUUCAAGUGGACCAACUACCUGAAGGGCUACCAGCGUCGCUGGUUCGUGCUCAGCAACGGCCUGCUGUCGUACUACAGAAACGAGGGCGAAAUGGCCCACACCUGCCGGGGCACCAUCAACAUGUCCACCGCGCACUUUGACAGGGAGGAUUAUUGCAGUAUCGUGCUGACCAGUGGGGCAAAGACCUACCACCUCAAGGCCAGCUCGGAUGUGGAGCGGCAGCAGUGGAUCACCGCCCUGGAGCUGGCCAAGGCCAAGGCUGUCCGCCUGAUGAGGAGCCAUUCAGAUGACUCUGGGGACGAGGACGACGACGACGAGACUGCCUCCCCAGCUGACAAGACUGAGCUCCAGAGCACCAUCAAGAACCUCUCCCUGAAGCUCGAUGACCUCAGCACGUGCCACGACCUCCUCGCCAAGCACGGCGCCGCGCUGCAGCGCUCCCUGAACGAGCUGGACGGCCUGCGCAUCCCCUACGACAGCAGCGAGAAGCUGAAGGCGGUGAACGAGCGGGCCACCCUCUUCCGCAUCACGUCCAAUGCUAUGAUCAACGCCUGCAGGGACUUUGUGGCACUAGCGGAGGCGCACAGCCGGAAAUGGCAGCGGGCGCUGCAGUAUGAGCAGGAGCAGCGCAUCCACCUGGAGGAGACCAUCGAGCAGCUGGCCAAGCAGCACAACAGCCUCGAGCGGGCCUUCCGCAACAGCCUGCCCGGCCGGUCCUCCGACCCCAACAAGAACUUCGACCAGGAAAGCCUCUUGACUUCCAAGGAAGAGGACAGUGAGGAAGAUGAGGAUACGGAGUAUUUCGACGCCAUGGAAGACUCCACCGCCUUCAUCACUGUGAUCACCGAGGCCAAGGAGGACAGAAAAACUGAGGGUGGGACCACAGGCCCUGUGGACUGGACCCCGGCAGACAAUGUACAGGAUGGCGCUUCACUCAUGCCCAAGGGCCCCCCCAAAGUCAAGAGGCGUGUCCGCAUCCCCGACAAGCCCAACUACAGCCUUAAUCUCUGGAGCAUCAUGAAGAACUGCAUUGGCCGGGAGCUCUCCAAGAUCCCCAUGCCGGUCAACUUCAACGAGCCCCUGUCCAUGCUCCAGCGGCUGACGGAGGACCUGGAGUACCACCACCUGCUGGACAAGGCGGUGCACUGCAGCAGCUCGGUGGAGCAGAUGUGCCUGGUGGCCGCCUUCUCUGUGUCCUCCUACUCCACCACGGUGCACCGCAUCGCCAAGCCUUUCAACCCCAUGCUCGGGGAGACCUUCGAGCUGGACCGCCUCGAGGACAUGGGCCUGCGCUCACUCUGCGAGCAGGUGAGCCACCACCCUCCAUCAGCCGCGCACCACGUGUUCUCCAAGAAUGGCUGGAGCCUCUGGCAGGAGAUCACCAUCUCCAGCAAGUUCCGGGGCAAAUACCUCUCCAUCAUGCCGCUAGGUGCCAUCCACUUAGAAUUUCAGGCCAGUGGGAAUCACUACGUGUGGAGGAAAAGCACCUCAACUGUGCACAACAUCAUCGUGGGCAAGCUCUGGAUCGACCAGACAGGGGACAUUGAGAUUGUGAACCACAAGACCAAGGACCGGUGCCAGCUGAAGUUCCUGCCCUACAGCUACUUCUCCAAGGAGGUGGCCCGGAAGGUAAGCAGGCCGCCUCGCAGAGCCCUGAGGGUCGACCCAGAGAAGGCCUUGCCCACGCCGGUCCUGCCAUGUCCACAGGUGACAGGCGUGGUGAGUGAUGGCCAGGGCAAGGCCCACUACGUGCUGUCAGGCUCGUGGGAUGAGCAGAUGGAGUACGCCAAGGUCAUGCAGAGCAGCCCCAGCAGCCCCAGCAUGGACGGCAAGCAUAAGACCGUGUACCAGACGCUGCCGGCCAAGCUGCUGUGGAAGAAGUACCCGCUGCCGGAGAACGCCGAGAACAUGUACUACUUCUCGGAGCUGGCCCUGACCCUCAACGAGCACGAGGAGGGCGUGGCGCCCACGGACAGCCGGCUGCGGCCCGACCAGCGGCUGAUGGAGAAGGGGCAGUGGGACGAGGCGAACACGGAGAAGCAGCGGCUGGAGGAGAAGCAGCGGCUGUGGCGGCGCCGGCGGGCCGAGGCCUGCUCCCGGGGCUGCAGCAUGGAGGACGAGAAGGAGACCGAGGUGCACACGCCGCUGUGGUUCGAGAGGAGGCUGGACCCGCUGACCGGGGAGACGGCCUGCAUGUACAAGGGCGGCUACUGGGAGGCCAAGGAGAAGCAGGACUGGCACAUGUGCCCCAACAUCUUCUGAACGCCGCCCUCCUGCCCACCGGGCUCCGCCUGGCCGGGCCCACCUGCAGUGAACGCACUCCCUGUAGUACUUACGGCCCUCCCACCCCCUUUUUUUCUUUCCUUUUUUUUUUUUAACAAGACACUUUUUGGAGCUCCCACCUGGAAGGAGGAAGUGCUGACGCGGUUCUUCCAGCCCCAGGUGCCCUGGGUCACCUGCGCCCUUUCAUUAGGGACCUGGGCCCCUGGGCCCCAGCUCCCGUCCCCACUCAGGCAGCUGCCGGACUCUGGACCCACCAGCCCCACCCGGAGGCGGAGGCACCGACCCUCCCAGGGAGCCGCCGUGGACUUUUUUUUAGAAAAACCACCUCCACUUCUUUCCAGCAAGACGGUUAGUAAAUACUUCAGUCCCGCGCUUAGCGGACAGCUUCCACGUGUGCUUUCCUGCCACGAACGUGCUGGCAAGAGCCCCUUCUUUUUACGACAUCAGGAAGCCAGACGGACCCUCGUCCAGAGCACUUUCAGCUCAACAUAGCGAGACGGCCCCCCGGAGCCCAGGGCCCCCAGAGAAGGGGCUGGGAGGGGCCGCUGGGCCCAGGAGAGCACAAGUUGUCUCCAAGCAACAGCACGGGGGGGCGGGGGGGGGGGACUGAGGGGCUCCCAUGUGGAUUUGAGCGCCUCUAGCCUCGGCCGUGCAGGGGCUGCUCCCAGCCCCAGAGAGGCCGCACCCCAGAGAGGCCAGGAACCUCGGGGGCAUCCUGCCCCUGAGCCAGGCCCCAAGUCAGCAAUAAGAACCAACCCUCAGAUCAGCCUGGGUGGUGCCCUGUCUCAGCACCCCUGAACUUUAUUGGCCUGAUUUAUUUAUGUAAUAUAUAAAUCUAUAUAAAUAGCUAUUUUGCUUA